CGCAUUGGCGUCACACUCGUCUCACAGUGUAUCGAACGAACGACAGAACAGUUGUUAUACUGCACGUAGAAUGGAAGACCGUAAGUUGUGCAAGACACGUCUAGACAAUCAAGCAUCCUUAUUGGGAACUACGCUACUAGAUCAGUGUUUGCAAUAGUGUUUGUAUUAUUGGUUUGUUGUAGGCUAUAUACGACCGUUUAUCUGUCUCGAUAGUGAUAUGUUGUUACCGUGGGCAGUUUAUAGCCUGUAAUAAGAAAGCUUCGACUUCUUCCUCAACCCAACCGUCAGCCAACGGAUAAAGGACACAUGCAGAAGCUUACAGAUGGACUGGCUCACACCGGAGAUGUGAAGUGUGUUAUGUGAAGCCAAGGUGUCAUCCCACCUUAUAGGUGGUGGGGAGAGAUGCUGCACUCUGUUGCCAUGACAGCGGAAGUCCUGUUUGUUAUGUGGUUUCUCAUGACCAGUAGUCAGUGUAAUCCCGUGGCAGACUUGUUGGUGAGCCGGGAACGCUUUGAGCGUGUCCUGACCCAGGCCAGAGAGGACAAGUAUGACAAGCAGCAGGCCUCGGAGGGGGCGCUCAGUUACAGCACCCAACAACAGCUGAAGGAGAUCAGCUUCAUGGGCCUGGAGGCCAACAGAGGGGUCAGCAAUAGAACUUCUGUCAACAGAUCCAGGACGAACUCCAGCUCCCAGAAACGUGGUGGAUCCAAGGGUGGGAAGGCAUCACAGGAGUUGUGGGAAGAGCAAGAGGGGGGCCUGAGUCGAGUAGACGAGGGCCCUACAAGUGAAACAAACCUCUCUCUCGACGCUAUCGACGAGUACGCAUAUCCAGAUUACAGGGGGAAGGGCUGCAUUGAUGAGAGUGGCUUUGUGUUUGCCAUCGGGGAGAAAUUUACUCCGGGGCCCUCCACGUGCCCUUGCCUCUGCACCGACGAGGGACCCCUGUGUGCCAAGCCUGAAUGUCCCAAAGUUCACCCUCGCUGCAUCCGGGUGGACACCAGCCAGUGCUGUCCAGAGUGCAAGGAGAAGAAGAACUACUGUGAGUUCAGGGGGAAAGUCUACGCAACGCUACAAGAGUUUAAGGUGUCUCCGUGUGAGACGUGUCGCUGUGAGGGGAGUGGAGAGGUGUUGUGCUCUGUGUCAGCAUGCCCUCAAACAGAGUGUGUCGAUCCAGAGUAUGAGCCUGAUCAGUGCUGCCCCAUCUGUAAGACCGGGCCAAACUGUUAUGCAGACACACAAGUGAUCCCAGCUGGGCGCGAGGUGAAGAUUGAUGAGUGUACAAUCUGCUACUGCACGUAUGAAGUGGGCACGUGGCAGAUCGAACAUCAGGCUACCUGCAGCAAGAAUGAUUGCCAGGUGAGCUAGAGACUGGCCCUGACAGUGGGUAUGGGGGCAGGGGCUAUGGAUCCAUAGGUGCCCUCGCCGUGUCCAUGUCAGCCAGCACGCAACUCAACGCUAGCCUGAUUAAACCAGACUGAACGCUGGUGAGCGCAAAAAAUGUUGAAUGCAGCAUUCAGUCUAGUUUAACCUGGCUAACUCAAUGCAGCCUUCACCCAGUCUAUACCAGACAUCAAGGUCACCCCCAGACCGUAUGAUUUCUGCAUUUACAAUCACAAGUAUUAUUAAAUCAAGCUUUAUAUGAAGAGUUUGAAUCCAUAUACAGAAUAUCUAUUUAUCUAUGUACUGAAUUAUUUAUGGAGAAAAACUAUCCAAAACAUAUUUUUUUAUAGCCACUGCAUUUUAUUAAACUGCAAUGAAUUGGGUUAGAGGUCAAAUAAACAUCAUGGAAUGUAUAGAAUCCUUACUGUCUGUGUUUCAUAGAGGUAGAAACCAUAGCCUACUGACAGGUGGUGUCAUUCUUAUACGAUGCACCACCUGAAGUAAAACAAUGGGUAAAACUUGUAAGGUUUCAAUAUGAAAAUUGUAUGUAAUUUUGAAAAUAACUUAGUGAAGAAAUGUAAGAAAUUACAUGACUGUUUUGUGAUUUACUUAUAUGUAUUUUGCAAUUUCAAUGUGUUUUGAUUUCAUGCGCUUUUUGUAAGCAGUUCUCUUUGUAUUAUGUAUUCACGUUUAAAAUAAACAGCAACCUGUG